UCAAAACCUACUUUUGAAUUUUUUUUAAAUGGGGUUCGCAACAGGAGAGUUCCUCACUGAAGAUGGCACAAAGCAACAUUUCAAAGUUUUUGACCAGUUCUAACUAUGUUAGUUUCAAGCCAUGCCACGCUUUCAACCAAGUUUAAACCUGAAGAGGACUUUCUCAAGCAAAUGAUCACACUUAGAAUAAUAAAAACCUGGUAUUUUUGAAAAAUAAAAAAUCCUCACUGAAGAUGACAAAGCAAUAUAUCACAGUUUAUUACUGUACCACCUAUGAUCAUUUCACACCAUGCUAUGAUUUGAACUACAUAGAAACCUGAAGAGGAAUCUCUCAAGGAAACAGUACUAGUUAGAAUUGUAAAACCGGUGAUACGCUUUUGAAAAAUAAAAUAUAGUUGUACGGUGAUAUAAUAAUACCUCUACAUUUAGUUGUUUUAUUGAAAGCUUAUGUUUCACUUCACAACAGAAGAACAGACAACUGACAUGAGUACCCCACUGGAGAUGACACAAAGAAGAAAUUCUAGAAAUAGCUGGACUCUAUAAGUGACCUAGUCCACCGUCAAUUUCAACAUGUGUUUAUCAACUCCGAGAUGAACACCCGCCCCAUUAGAAUUUAAAUUUAUUAGAAUGUAUAAUGUUAACAAUAUUUGGCUUAGAAACUGCUGCCAAAUCUUAUUAAAUAAUAAAAUAUUGAAAAAAAUCAUUCCAAAAAAAAUCGCUGGUUUUGUCAUGAUUUUGUAACAGAGUGUCUAUACAUCUUGUAGUUGGAAAGGAAGCAAGGGCAUCUGGACACAACAUCUGGGUCAGAUCCCACAUGCACCUCACCAUUAUGAGAAGAGAAUGUAUCAAAAUAUGGAAGAUAUACUUUGUAAUAUUUGUAAGCAGCAAUAUGAUGAGCCUAGGCUGUUAACCUGUUUUCACUCUUUCUGUACCAAAUGCCUGAUCCCGAGGAAGAUUAAUUCUGCUAACUGCUCACGUCAGGCGUCACUUCAAGACGAUUCAAAUACACAUUUUCAUUCAGAUUUAUCCAAUUAUGAACCUGAAAGUGAAAUAAGAUCUGUGAAUGAUUCCAACAGGCAAAAUGAAUCGAAAGUGAUAUGCCCAAUUUGUGGCACAGAGACAAAUUUGCUAAAAUGCGGAGUGCUUGGUCUACCAAUCAACACUGUGAUUGAAAAUAAAAUAAAAGAAAGGCAAAAUAAAUUACCGCAUUGUGAACUCUGCACCUCUACAGCAUUUGCAUUUGCAAGAUGUGAACAGUGCGAUAUAUUCAUGUGUGCUCUGUGUGUUGAUUCUCAUUUAAAGUUCUGGGAUACUUCCCACCACAGGAUAAUCCAUUUGAACGCUGUCAAACCAUCGCAUCCUACAUACAAAUGUAAAGCCCAUCCCCAACAGGAGUUGAAUUAUUUUUGUGGAACCUGUGCCAAACUGAUGUGCUUUGUUUGUUGCACUUCGUCACACUCCAGUCAUAAAUAUGAAACUGUUGCAAAAGCUGCGGACAAUUAUUCUUCUCUGAUAAGACAGGCAUUAGAAACUGUCAAGGUGAUAAUUAAGAACAGUAAUCAUUCUUUGGAUGCUAUCAAAGGUCUUGAAGUUAAGAUAAUGAGUAAAUGCAAUGAUGUGGAACGGGAAAUAAAAGGUUUCAUUCAAGCUUACAAAGAGGUUUUGGAUGAGCAUGCACAAAGUUUACUUCAGCAACUUACCUCUAUUAAAGACAGCAGGAAACAACUUUUAAUAAGUCACAAAGAAUUGCUUGACCGAAAGGUGAGAAGUAUGCAACCUGCAAUCGAAUUUGCAGAAGAACUAAUAAAAUCCACACCUGUUGAGCUUUUGAAUACUGCCACCCACGUACUCAGCAAACUGGAUAUUAAUGACGAGUCAGACUUACAAGUUCUCACUAUGAGAGUGUCGGAUGUAGUUCAAUUUUUGCCAGAGGAAAAAGCAACCAACAUUGGAAAAUACCAACUGUUUGGCAUCAUUUCAACCCAAGUCAUAUCCCCUCAGCAUUGCACUUUAGAAGCUGAUGGCUUAUUAAGAUGCAGGCAGCAUAAAAAAGCGACUUUCAAAUUAUUGACUAAAGAUAAUGAUAAUAAACCAUUGUGUCACGGAGGGGAAAAAAUAAUUUCUACAUUACAGUAUAAAGAUGAAAUGCAAAGAUUAUUGCCUGUAUUUGUAAAUGACGAAGGUGAUGGAAGUUAUACGCUCUCAUUUAAAGCUGAUACACCAGGAAAUCUUACAUUAACUGUUUUAAUAAGAAACAUACAUAUUCAGGGGAGUCCAUUCAAUGUGUGCGUAUGCAGUCUGCGACCUCAUAAAGGUGUUUAUCAUUGCUGUGCAUUCUGCUCAAGCAGAGGCAGUAAAUCGGCCAAAUGUGCUUGUGGCUGUAAGAUGCCAGGUGGGUAUGAAGGUUGUGGUCAUGGGCACAUAGGCCAUCCUGGUAGAAGGCAUUGGUCCUGUUGUGGUAACCUUCUUCAGAAUUCUGAAUGCAGUCGACCAAUAACAUACCAAUUCUAAAUACUGUGAAAUUUGGCAAAAAUAAAUGUUCUUUAAUUGCA